GGCACAGCGGAGCUGGGGCGGGUCCAUCGUCCCCCCAGCCCAAUCCCCAGCCGAGAACGAGGCCUUAUGAAUAAGCAACCAACCGAGGCGCCCUCCUCCCAAUGUCCUAGCGGUGGAGGCAGCCGAGUAAGCAGCAGCAGAAGCAGAAAGCAGCGGCCGCCGCCACCGCCGCAGGCGCCGAGAUAGAAUGCCUCGCCUUGGCAGCCUUGGCACCGCUUCCUUCCUCUGCGCGCUGCCCCCCUAAAGGGCGCAGAGCUCAGGAUUCAGUUACUGGAAUCGCCAACAUUGCUAACUUAUACUCACAUUUCUCUUCCACUAUGAGCAGACCAAUAGAACUUCAUAUUUGCAUGGCUCUCGUUAACAUCCUGCUUCUAUCUGUCUCACAAUGUCUGACUUUCCCCAAAAUGGGAAGGAGGGAGAUAGCACAUAUUGAAGGUCAAACUGAGAGACAGAAUAUAGAUGACCUUGAAAAACCCGGACCUUCAAAGCAAACAGCUCAAAUGGCACUAAUAGAAGAUUCAAAUAUAGUUUUAACAGAACUAUCUGGAACGUCAUUGAAUAAGGGGUUCACUAUUAUAGAAGAAACGCAGCUCACUGGAAUCAGCAAUGUGUUCACACGUAGUCAGAGCACUGAUGAUGUGUACACCCCUACCGAGUCAAUGGCUUCUUCAGAUGAAGGAGGGUUUAAUCCUACCCAACACAAUGAAGACUUAUCUGAAAGUAGGUUAACCGCAGCUGUUACUACAGUAGUCUCCCUGAAUAGCAAUGUGAAAGCUGAUGUUUUUAGCAGUUCCAGUAGCGGGCCCCCUGUUGAAAAAGCCACAGAAGCAAGGCAAGGUUUUCCAAGGCCUCUGGAAGAUCAAUUCUUAGAGACAGGAAGCAAGGCAGAUGACAGUCUGGAACAUUCAAUGACAACCCAGUUGAACACUGAAGAAAUGUUAACUACUAACCCACGAACUGGAAACUCGGAAAUAACCAUUGAACGUACAACGAUGGCUUCUUCUGUGACAAAUCCCACCGCAGAGAUUGGAACUGGUGUCCUCACUUCAAGUACAGAGAGUCCCUCACAGCUGACAGCUUAUCAAGCUCAGGCCACUGUCACCGAACACCUGCUUGACUCCUCAGACUUCCCAAGCAUUGAGUCAGAAACUGACAGUAUGCCAGGAGGUGUGGCAACGGCUGCCAGUGCUCCAACAGCAGCUUUAGGUAUUCCAGCUGUCUCAGCCCUGAAUGAGGACUGGGAUGAUACCAAAUUAACAAGUGCAAGCCGAAUAGGUGUCUCAGAGCCUAGAGGUAGUGCAGGGACCAUUCACGUGGAAGCCAAAGCUCCUCAAACACUACAGCCAGACAUUGAUGAUGUGAAAGGAGGGGAGCUCUUGACAGAUUUUGCAGAUGUCGUUUUGGGACAAGUUGGAGAGAGAACACAUCAUGGGGCAUCUCCAGUGAUGCUGCAUGUGGAAGAAAAAUCUGUUGCCUUCACUGAUCAAGGUUCCUUCCAGUUUAUGAAUCCUAAAGAAGACACCAAAGUGACAACUAUAAGCUUAUUCCAGAAUACAAGACACCCUAAACUAGAUGGUGGAGAGUAUGAUGCCUUAUUUUUUCCAGUGACUACAGUUCCCAUCACAGAUUCUCAAUCUGAAGCAUACUACCCUCUGGGAAAUACAUUAACAGACAGUAUACUUCAAGAGAUGAUGCCUAGUCAAGAUGAAGGAGUCACUUUAUCGUCCGUUACACCAGAGCAGGAUUCUACCCCAGAGAUCAGCAGAAAAUCUGGUGAGCCUGAGAAAAGAAAUAAGAGCCCAUCUCCCAUCACAGUAAUUUCUAUUGUGACUCAGCUACCAAGAGAGUCUGAAUAUUUGGCAUCUACUGUCUCAGCGACUGCUGUGCCUUUGUCCCUGGCGGUUACUCCAGCCUUAACCGUCGCCAACUCAAAAGAAGAGACAUUACCUCCAGCCUUUGACCCUUCCGUGACCCUUCCAGGAAUGAUGGAGGAGACGAUGGAUAUUUCCCUGACAUCUGCUUCUGUAACUUCCACCAUAAGAACCGUUCCAUCGAUAAGACACAUUAGUACUUCUGUGACAUAUGACCUGGAACAGAUGGAAUCACAAGAGGGAGAGGAAGAUGAGGAUGAAGAAGUGGAGGAGGAGGAGGAAGAAGAAGAAGAGGAAGAUAAAGACGAAGACUCCUUGGAUGAAAGCAUGGAGGGUGACACUGAGCUGCCUGGGUUUACUCUCCCUGGUAUUACUUCCCAGGAACCCAGGUUAAACAGGGGAAACUUGGAACCAUUGGAAGGAGUAUCAUAUCAGGUUCCAGAUGCUAUUGAAUGGGAACAGCAGAAUCAAGGCCUUGUGAGAAGUUGGAUGGAAAAACUAAAAGACAAGGCAGGAUACAUGUCGGGAAUGUUGGUGCCUGUGGGGGUUGGGAUAGCUGGAGCCCUAUUCAUCCUGGGAGCACUGUACAGUAUCAAGAUUAUGAAUCGCCGAAGGCGAAAUGGAUUCAAAAGGCAUAAAAGGAAGCAGAGAGAAUUUAACAGUAUGCAAGAUCGAGUGAUGCUCCUAGCUGACAGUUCUGAAGAUGAAUUUUGAAUUCAACGACAGUUCUAUUGUGAUAGCUAAUGAUAUUAUUAUUUCAUUUUUACUUUUGGGCAAAAAAAGACAUCCUGCUGCAUUACUGCUAUCAGGCUCUCUAGCCCUCUGUCCACUGGAUAGUGAGUUUUCUUCUCAACGGGCAAAACAGGCAUGCUGUGUACUAAAUGUAACAUGUGACGAUGUUUGUUUUUAUGCAGUUGUGAAUUUCCCCUUCCAUACACUGUGUCUCAUAAAUAUGCAGUGUGCCUAUUAUACAGUAGGAAUGGAUAGGAUAAAAUUUUGGUUUUUUAUCAGUGUCUUUUUCUUGUUUUAGAUUAACUGCACAAAUCCCAACUAUUAUUGUAACUGAGGCGUGCUGAAUUUUGGAAUAGAAAUCUUAAUAAGCAAUCACUUGUGAUGAUCUCUAUCCAUCUUCUUACCUUGAAGUAAUCAAAUGCCAUCAAAUGUAGCUGUAAUUUGGAAUGAAUCAAAUCUUUUUCAUUGAGGAGAUUUGUCAGUACAGCAUGAUUACGUAUGAAAUUAUGGAGAUGUUGCAUUAUGUGCCUCAGGCUUCCUGUUCUGUUCUUUCAUGCUCCUUUUAGUUCAUUUUUUUUUUUUUGGCAAGUAGAAUCAUGGAGGAACAAUAAUAGAGCAAAUUGAUUCACUGUCUAAAUGUACUGAAUGUUUUCUUUAGCAGCACAAUAUAUUUUAACAAACAUA